AUGAAUCUUCUUCCUAGAGUGCUGUCUCGUAAGCUUUGUUCAUGCUGCUCGCCCUAUUCAACAUCUUCUUUCUCAUGGAUAUCUCCCUUGCAAGAUGCUGAUUCCAUCAAAGACCCACCACCCAAAACUCAUAGAAGACACAGGAGUAGAAGUAAAUUCAUAUCUCAUGACUCGGCAGUGACCUUAAUCCAAGCCGAGAGAGAUCCUCAGCUUGCACUGGAACUAUUCAACAGGGUAGGUGACCAAGAUGGGUUCAAUCACAAUCAUGCUACCUAUUCUACUGUACUGCACAAGCUCGCCCGGUGCAGGAAGUUCGAUGCUGUCGAUGCAGUCCUCCGCCAGAUGACCUACGAGACCUGCGAGUUUCACGAGACCGUGUUCCUCGAUCUGAUGAGCCAUUUCUCCAAGUCCAUGAUGCACGAUCGAGUGGUGGAGAUGUUCUACGCGAUUCAGAAGAUUACUCGUGCUAAGCCCUCGCUCAAAGCUGUGAGCACCUGCCUUAAUCUCUUGAUCGAAUCACAGCACGUUGGUCUGGCCAGGAGUUUCCUUGUGAGUGUUAAGAAGCAUCUCGAUUUGAGGCCGAAUACUUGCAUUUUCAACAUCUUGGUUAAGCAUCACUGCAAGGUUGGUGAUCUUGAAUCUGCCCGUGAAGUGAUGAAGGAGAUGAAAAGAUCGGAGCUUUCUUAUCCCAACUUAGUCACCUACUCCACUCUCAUGGAUGGCCUUUGUCGGCAUGGCAGACUCAAAGAAGCAACUGAUCUGUUCGAGGAGAUGGUGUCGGAGCAUCAGAUCGUACCCGAUGCUCUAACAUACAACGUGUUAAUUAACGGAUUUGUUCAAUCUGGAAGAGUCGAUCGAGCCAGGAAAAUAAUCGAGUUCAUGAAGAGGAAUGGAUGCACUCCAAACCUGUUCAACUACUCGACUUUAAUGAAUGGGUUCUGCAAGGAAGGUAAAGUGACUGAAGCCAAAGAGGCUUUUCAGGAAAUGAAGACUGUAGGGUUAAGACCCGACAGAGUUGGCUAUACGACAUUGAUUAAUUGCUUAUGCAGAAGCGGAAGACCCGACGAAGCCCUGUUGUUGCUUCAAGAGAUGAAGGAAACACAGUGUAGACCCGAUGUUGUGACAUAUAAUGUAUUACUGAGAGGGUUCUGCGAAGAAGGAAGGUUCGGUGAUGCUCUAGGGAUGUUGAAGCAGCCAGCCUGUGAAGGAGUUUACUUGAACAAAGGGAGUUACAGGAUUGUUUUGAACUGCUUGUUGAAGAGAGGUGAAUUGGAGAAAGCUGCUGUAUUCUUGGGUGUGAUGCUUGAUAAAGGAUAUUUGCCACAUUAUGCGACUUCAAACGAGUUGUUGGUGAAAUUAUGCGAGGAAGACAGGGUUUACGAUGCAGAGAUGGCGUUGUUAAGGUUGGCAGAAGCUGGUUUCAAACCUGGAACCGAGUCUUGGGGUUGUUUGGUUGAGUUAGUCUGUAGAGAGAGAAAGUUGCUUGCUGCAUUUGAGCUGCUUGAUUCGCUGGCAGAAGGGUAA